AUGGCUCGUCAGCUGGUCCCUGCCUUCGCCUACACCGCCGUCUACGUCAAGGACGUCGCUAGGUCCGUCGCCUUCUACUCCGAUGCCUUCGGCUACAAGGUCCGCCGCCUCGACGGCUCCCACAGGUGGGGGUAGUUGGAGAGCGGGCAGACGACCAUCGCGUUCACGCCGUUGCACCAGAGGGAGACGGACGAGGGGACGGGCGCGGUCCGGACGCCGGCACGGGAGGGGGAAAGAGGCCCCGUCGAGGUCUGCUUCGACUACCCCGACGUUGAUGCGGCCUACAAAAGGGCGGUCGAUAGCGGGGCGGUGCCGGUGAGCCUUCCCGAGGUGAAGGAGUGGGGGCAGAAGGUGGGUUACGUGCGGGACAUGGACGGCAUCGUCGUGCGCAUGGGAAGCCAUGUGGGGGACGGCACUUCUCACGUAUGAAACCUCAGCUCACAACAGCAGCAGAAGCAGAGGAAGUGCGUGUUUGACUUCUGGUAGUGGUUCUGCGUGGAUCAGAGACGAAAUAAUUGAGGGGGUUGAAUCCGAGAUACUUUGUUUUAUAGGCUCAAAUAUGUAUUGAUUGUGCCUACAAAAUAAUUACAUAGAAGAAGGAGAUCCGUAACUCCUCUUGAAUCCUAUAUCAAAAUAGGAGCCAGGCAAAAGGAACAACAUUUUUCGUAAGAGUGGGGAAGCCGGACG